AUGGAGAAAGCUCCUAGUAAAUCAGCUAUGAAGAGACGACAAGAACUUGUCGAUAUAUUGAUGAGUAACAGACCGUCAGCAAUACAAUCACAUCAAUCAUCGACAUCUUCUGCUACCGAAUCAGUUAUCAGCAUGAUAAUGCCUAAGCCUGGUAAAUCAGCACAAGCUAACAACGAAUUGUCAAUCGCACGUUUAUGGGGCAUCGCAUGGAUGUGGAAGGCAAAUAUUGAUCCUUGGUCAUCAACUGAACCCGACGAAUGGAAAAACUAUUCUGAUAUUGAAAAUAUGAUUAUAGAAGAGGCUUUUAUGGCCGAAAAAGAUAUCGCUAUACUCGAUGACUAUCAUAUUAUCUUUUCCAACAAUGUACAGAUUAACAAUAACAAUACCAAUAAUCAACGACCUGUCCAACGAAUUGUGAUGGGCGAACGAGGAGAGCAACGAUUGAGAGAAGCUCGAUUUAUGCCGAAUCCAAUCAAACUCAAUGCUUCAUUUCGUAAAAAUCAUGUAUUUACAUCAACUUUGGAAUUCGUUCGAGCAACAAGAGAGAAAUUCCAGUUUCAAUGUGAAAAUCUUGAAGAUGAACUUCCAACAAUUGUCGAAUAUGUUGCUCUUGGUCUUAUCAUCGAAGGAAAAUUAGUUGACAAAAAAUGUGAAGCGGAAUGGAUGGCGGAACAAUUGAGAAAAAUGAGCAGAAACUCGAAAGAAGUGAUCGAAAAAUGCUGUGCACGUCUUUAUACAAUGGAAAGUUUUCUUUAUCAAAAACUCAAUGAAGCUAUGUGA